UCCGGGAACAACUGCAUACUUAUUGGGUGUUUUGUUUUGUUUGUAUUUUUGUGGAAAGCUUUUAGCUUUAUGAUCUUCACCAACACGCAUCUGUAGCAGAAAGCAGUAUACCUACCAUGGCUACUCAGGUAAUAGACAUUCUUGAAUUUGAUUCUUCAUCUGUUGAUUCUGCUCUAGUUUCAUGAACUCGAUCCUGUUGUGCUUCCAUUGUUGUUGUUUCAAUGAAGUCUUUGUUUCUGGGAUUUUUCCAUUUUGGUUGUUUCUCUCCUCUUGAUAUUCUGUUUGUUCUAGAAGUGGGAGUUUCUGGCUUAUGGUUUAAUGCCCACUAUUUACAUGCGUAAAUGUCUGUAUUUCUGAUUAGAGUGAUAGAUUUUCUUAAUUUGGUAGAUUCAUGAAGAUGUCUUCUUUUGAAUCAAUAGGUGUUUGAUAUAUUUUUCAUCCUUCCAUGGUUAAGAACAGAUAAGGUCUGAAAAUUCUGAUCUUUGUUUCCACCGACAGUCCAUUAGAACUAAAUCAUUCAAAAGAAAGAAACCUAGUGUUUUCCCAAUAGAGGGCCUAAGUAGUAGGACUGCAGGCUUGGAUAGGUCAGGUUAGGUCAAUGAUGAUGGCUUUUGAUCAUAUUACUUCACAACAAUGAAUGAAAAGAGAGAGAAGGAUUAAAACAGAGGAAGAAAAUCUCUCUAAUGAUAUAGGGGAUGGGAAAUGAAUAGUACUAAUAAUAUGCAGCUUUUGACAGUAAAUAUCAUCUUUCUUAGAAUUCUGUUUUCUGAUCCAUUAGUCAGGUAGGAUUCAAAGUCCUGUUUAAUCUCCUAAAGUCGAAAAAACAUAAAAUCUUCUUCCUAAUUCGAUUUUGACAGAUAAAAAUUUAGUAUGUCUCAGCACUCAACAAUGUGGAUAAUGUAGGAUUGACAUUGGACAACCUCUGCUGCUGUAUUCUAGUUUGAUUUUUGCCCCAGAAUCAAAAUGUCUAUGGUUUUUCAUUUCUUUGAUUUGUUUUCCUUCUGAAUUGAUUAAUGUGGUUAAUCAAUGGAUUCUGAGCUGUUGAAUAGUGUAAAUGCAUAUACCAUACUGCAUUGAUGACUCCUUUCAGGAACAUGGAACGUCUAAUGGCUGGCCACUUGGGCUUGAGGUUAUGAGCAUGAGGCUCCGAGUAACUGAAACUGUACAGUCUGCUCCAGCAGUUCACCCAUUCUCUUUCCAUGUGCCCUCGAGCAGUUUCUCCUCAUUCUCAUCCUCCAAUCUUGAUACCGAGUCCACAGCAUCAUUCUUCCAGGAUAACAGUGUGUCGCUGGGGAGACUGAUUGGAUUCAGACACCGUGAUGGAGGAAGAGGAACAUUGUACCUUCCAAACUCCCUCCCUAUUGAAGAACACAGCAGGAAACCUGUUAGAGGUACCUGCAAAGAUGUUUCCAAGGAGCAAAGUGUGGAUAUGUCUCAAGGGAUUUGCAUUCCUCUUCUGCUAGGCGUUUUGGUGAAAAUCAACCGAAGCAAGAGCAAGGUCAAGCAGUUUGACGUUUGAUGAUCUCCUCUCCAUGGAGCCAUCUAUUUGAUUCAUCUUAUUUCAAUGUGUAGCAUACCAAUAGAAAAAUAAACUUCUUCCACUAGUUUGUUCUGAAGCUGUUCCUCUUUUUCAUCCAGAAAUCAGUGAUUCAUUCAACUUUAGUCCAUUAUAAUUUCAG